UCUAGAGCCCUAAAUUUUAGGGUUCUUAGGGAUGGCAUCGUCCGCCUACGAGAGCGUCAAGGGAGGUAAGCUCUCGCUCAAGCUCGGCGCCAAUGCGGCCGACAGGCCGAUCGCGAAGAAGAGGAAGAAGAAGAAAGCCAAGGCGCAGGAGGAGGAAGAAUCCGGCGCAGGGAAGACACUGGAGGAAUCCGGGGGCUAUGAGAUCGACACAGGGAUAGGGCAUGCGCCGGAUGGGAAGAAGAGUAAGAAAUACGAGGAGCUCUUCCCUGUGGAGACGAAGAGAUUCGGGUAUGAGAUCCCGAAAUCUUCUGCUGCCGCGGCCGCGGCUGUCGCGGCGUCUGUGAAGGAAUCGGCAUCGCGAGAGGCGGCUCUGGACGAGCGCGUGAAGAAGAAAGCCGACCGCUAUUGCAAGUAAGAAAAUACCUUCCUUGUCAGCAGCUUAGCUAGUGUGACAUGGCCGUGCCACAUCGGAGACUUUGGAUCCAGAUGGUCACGACUCCUUGUUUAGUUUGCUCCGGGAAUUCAAGCAGCCAUUUGGCCUUCCAUCU